AUGCCAACCCACUUGAGCAAAACCCGCAAGCACCGCGGACACGUCUCCGCCGGUCACGGUCGUGUAGGAAAGCACCGCAAGCAUCCCGGUGGAAGAGGUCUUGCUGGUGGACAACAUCACCACAGAACCAACAUGGAUAAGUACCAUCCAGGUUACUUCGGAAAGGUCGGUAUGCGAUACUUCCAUAAGCAAGGCAACCACUUCUGGAAGCCAGUUAUCAACCUUGACAAGCUCUGGUCCCUCGUCCCAGCCGAGAAGCGCGACGAAUACCUCUCCGGCAGCAAGAAAGACACCCUCCCAGUCCUCGAUUUAUUACCACUCGGAUACUCAAAAGUUCUCGGCAAGGGCAGAAUCCCAGAAGUUCCAUUAGUUGUGCGCGCGAGAUGGUUCAGCAAGGAGGCAGAACGUAAGAUCACAGAGGCUGGUGGUGUUGUUGAGUUGGUCGCAUAA